UGUAGGAUAUUCGUUCUCAGAAAGCCUGGCCCACUCGCAUUUCAACAUCUCCACCGGAACCCCACUUCUUGGUGAACUUCCCUGACCCUCCUGGCACUCCGCUCCUACCACAGGAGGCAGAGCCCCCCCCAGCCUCGCUUCCCCACCUGCUGUGGCAGCACCCUGCUCUAGUCCUGCCAAAAUGAAAGGCCCACUCCAACCCCUCAUCAUUUCUCUCAUCCUAACGUCUGUGUGUGGGAACAACGGCCUGGCGGGCCACCCGGAGAAAGGAAGGGAAGAUUCUAAGCCUGCAUCUGACCAAAAGGGGCAGGUAAAGAGCAAAAACCUAAGCAUGCCGCUUCUCCCCGCUGACUUCCACAAGGAACACACGGUCACCAACGACUGGCUCACCGAGGGGGAGGAGGAGGAGGAUUAUCUGGACCUGGAGAAGAUACUCAGCGAGGACGACGACUACAGCGACAUCAUCGAUGCUGUUUCGCCCACAGAUUCACACGCCAGCAUGGACAACAUCCUCCAUCUCUUCCAGGGCAAGACCCGGAUCCAGCGUUUGAACAUCCUCAAUGCCAAGUUCGCGUUCACCCUUUACCGGGCCCUGAAGGAACAGGCCCGUCCUUUGGACAACAUCUUCAUAGCCCCGGUGGGCAUUUCUACUGCCAUGGCAAUGAUCUCCUUGGGCCUGCAGGGGGAGACCCACGAGCAAGUGCACUCGGUUUUGCAUUUUAAAGACUUUGUCAACGCCAGCAGCAAGUAUGAGGUCAUGACCAUCCACAACCUCUUCCGUAAACUUACUCAUCGCCUCUUCAGGAGGAAUUUUGGGUAUACGCUAAGGUCAGUCAAUGACCUUUACGUCCAGAAGCAAUUCCCAAUCCUGGAUGACUUCAAAACUAAAGUAAGAGAGUACUACUUUGCUGAGGCCCAGGAGGCUGACUUCUCAGACUCUGCCUUCAUAUCAAAAGCCAACCACCACAUUCUGAAGCUCACCAAGGGCCUCAUAAAAGAUGCUCUGGAGAAUAUAGACCCAGCAACACAGAUGAUGAUUCUAAACUGCAUUUACUUCAAAGGUAAGAAAUAGCUUUGUAUGUCUUGA